AUGGACUCAGAGACAGGUUACCAGCCACUGCUACUUAGGCUUGACUCACACUCUCCCAUUCCAGAUUUGUCAUCAGAUACCAUUGAAGAAUUCUUGGAACAUGGGGCUAUUGAGUUGAGAUGGUGGCCUCAACUUGUUGCUUGGGAGUCAAGGCUCCUAUGGAUCCUCUCAGGAGCUUCCAUUGUUGUCUCCAUUUUCAACUACAUGCUAAGCUUUGUGACUUUGAUGUUUACUGGGCAUUUGGGACCUCUAGAGCUUGCUGGGGCAUCCAUAGCUAGUGUUGGAAUUCAGGGUCUUGCUUAUGGGAUCAUGUUGGGCAUGGCAAGUGCAGUGCAAACUGUGUGUGGACAAGCAUAUGGGGCAAAAAAAUAUUCAGCAAUGGGCAUAAUAUUGCAAAGAGCAAUCAUCUUACACUUGGGUGCUGCAGUGAUUCUCACAUUUCUCUAUUGGUUCUCAGGGUCAUUUCUAAAAGCCAUUGGGCAGUCAGAGAGCAUAGCAGAACAAGGUCAAGUUUUUGCCCAUGGAAUUGUUCUUCAACUCUAUGCAUUUGCUAUAUCCUGCCCAAUGCAAAGGUUCCUCCAAGCCCAGAACAUUGUGAAUCCACUGGCUUUUAUGUCUACUGGGGUAUUCCUUUUGCAUGUGCUUCUCAGUUGGCUAGUUGUGUAUGUUUUGGACUAUGGACUACUUGGUGCUGCCCUUACUCUUAGCUUUUCUUGGUGGCUUCUUGUCUUGUUAAAUGGGCUCUAUAUCAUUCUUAGCCCAAGAUGUAAGCAAACUUGGACUGGCCUCACUGUGAAAGCCUUCAAAGGAAUUUGGCCUUAUUUCAAGCUAACAGUUGCUUCUGCUGUUAUGUUGUGUUUGGAGAUAUGGUACAAUCAGGGCCUAGUACUUAUAUCUGGUUUGCUCUCUAAUCCCACAGUUUCACUGGACACUAUUUCCAUUUGCAUGAAUUACUUGAACUGGGACAUGCAAUUUAUGUUAGGCCUAAGUGCAGCAGCCAGUGUCCGAGUUAGCAAUGAAUUAGGAGCAGCUCAUCCAAGAGUAGCAAAAUUUUCAGUCUUUGUAGUGAAUGGAACAAGCAUUCUCAUCAGUAUAGUUUUCUGUGCAAUAAUUUUGAUAUUCAGAGUUGCUUUGAGCAAGCUUUUCACUUCUGACACUGAAGUCAUUGAGGGUGUAUCUAGUUUGACUCCAUUGCUUGCCAUCUCAGUUUUCCUAAAUGGAAUUCAACCAAUACUGUCAGGAGUUGCAAUUGGAAGUGGGUGGCAAGCUGUAGUGGCAUAUGUAAACUUGGCUUCUUACUAUGUCAUUGGUCUAACCAUUGGAUGUGUUCUUGGCUUUAAAACAGCUCUAGGAGUAGCUGGUAUCUGGUGGGGGAUGAUCCUUGGAGUUCUAGUACAAACAGCAACUCUAAUAAUUCUGACUGCCAGAACAAAUUGGGAUGCAGAGGUUGAAAAAGCUGUAACACGCAUCAAAAGAUCUGCAGAAGAAGAGAACCUAGAUCACUUGAUUGCCAACGAAUAGGAUUUUCAUUUUCUCUAGAAGCUUAUAGAAAAGUAGUUUUAGCAGCACAGCAACUUGUUCUGGG